CGAGCGCCAGCGCGCCGCGCUCAGGGAGCCUCUCGACUUAGCCAAUGAGAAGCGCACCGACCCCGGUCGCCUGGGAAACCGCGUGACAACAAGAUGGCGGUGCCGGGACUUCUCGCCGGCCCUGCUUGGGAGUUCCCGACAGCUAAACUCUAGACUAGAACUAUGAGCUCACCUCUGGCCUCCCUUAGCAAGACCCGGAAAGUGCCCCUGCAGUCGGAACCUGUGAAUCCUGGAAGGCGAGGGAUAAGAAUAUACGGAGACGAAGAUGAGGUGGAUAUGCUGAACGAUGGAUCUGGCUCUGAAGAACGGAUCUCUGCUCCUUCCUGCUAUGGCAGCGUAGGCGCUUCUGUGAGUAGGCAAGGCUCUAUGUACCAUGACUCAGAUCUGAUGGCCUUCAUGGCAAGGAAGAUGCGAGAACUGGAGCAGCAGGUGAAAGCGCAGACCGACGAGAUGAUGUCCAAGGAUCAGAAGAUCCUGGCGCUGGAGGACUUGGUGCAGAACCUGCAGCAGAACCAGAGCAUGGUGACCGGGCAGCAGCAGGAGGAGCUGCAGACCAUGUGCUCGCAGCUGCAGCGGCAGGUGGGGGAGAUGGAGCGGUUCCUCAAUGACUAUGGCCUGCAGUGGGUCGGGGAGCCUAUGGACCAGGAGAACUCGGUCCUCUCAGAGUACGAAGACACGGACUGGAUGACAGCCAAGAAGUUCUGGAAGCCAGGGGAUUCACUAGUGCCCCCUGAGGUGGACUUUGAUAGGCUGCUGGCCAGCCUGCAGGAUCUCAGUGAGCUGGUGGUAGAAGGUGAAAGCCAGGUGACACCAGUGCCCAGUGGGGCACGGCUCCACGUCCUUGAGCCCAUCCCGCUGAAGCUCUACAGGAAUGGCAUCAUGAUGUUUGAUGGGCCCUUCCGGCCCUUCUACGAUCCUUCCACACAGCGCUGUCUCCGGGACAUACUGGAUGGCUUCUUCCCUUCAGAGCUGCAGCGACUCUACCCUGAUGGGGUUCCCUUUAAGGUAAGUGACCUGCGCAAUCAGGUGUACCCUGAGGAUGGGCUGGGCCCAUUCCCAGGUGAGGGCCGUGUGGUGGGCCGACCAAAGGUGCGCAAGGCUUCAGACCGAGUGGAAGAGCACCCAGGCUCCAGGAUGACUGCUGAGAAAUUUCUGAACAGGCUUCCCAAGGUUGUGAUCCGACAAGGCGAGGUGAUUGACAUCCGGGGCCCCAUCAGGGACACCUUGCAGAACUGCUGCCCACUGCCUGCCCGGAUCCAGGAGACCACAGUGGAGACGCCUGCUUUGGUGGCGGAGCGGGAAAGGAGUCAGAAGUCACCCAACACGCCAGCACCCCCACUCUCCAUGCUGCGCAUCAAGUCUGAGAAUGGGGAGCAGGCCUUCCUACUGAUGAUGUGGCCCAGGGACACUAUUGGCGACGUGCGUGCCCUGCUAGCACAGGCCAGGGCCAUGGAUGCAGCCACCUUUGAGAUCUUCAGUACCUUCCCACCCACGGUCUACCAGGAUGACACACUCACGCUGCAGGCUGCAGGCCUGGUGCCCAACGCGACGCUGCUACUGCGGGCACGCAGGGCCCCAGUGUCUGACCCUGGCCCCAACUCCAGCUCCAGCCCUGAAUAAAGUGCCUGCCC